AUGCUUUUAAAUUGUAAAUAUUAUCCCGAUGGAAAUAGUUAUGAACGAACGGCUAUUAUCGACUGGUUAGCAAGAGAUCCAACGUCACCAAUAACACGGAAUCCGUUUUUAAUAGACAGGUUGAUACCGAAUCGAGCUUUACGUGACAG